UCCAGGUGAUUUCCCCGACGUAGACAUCUGGAUCUCAAGAUGUCAGAAGUUUUGACUGCACUGGUCCAUGCCUCAGAAAAAUCUGCAAACAUUGCUCGUGCGUGCAAACAGGAGGAGGCGCUCUUUCAGCUUUUGGUGCAGGAGAAAAAGAGCAUUGAGAAAAAUAAACGAUUUGUUUGCGAUUUCAAAACACUGGCAGAUGUGUUGAUUCAAGAGGUGAUCAAGCAUGACAUGGGGAAAAAGUUUCCAGGACUGGAAGAUCACAUCUUCGGUGAAGAAUCAAAUGAAUUCACUAACAGUCUGGGUGAAAAGAUUAAAGUUGAAGUUUGUACGACAGAGGAAGGUACAGCAGAGUUACUGAGCAAAGUGCUAAAUGGUAACAUGACAGCAGCUGAACUGUUGGCCUCAAUUGUACAUUGUGGUGUAUCGAUUGAAGAUCCCGAUUUGGAAAAGUUGGCAGCAGAAAUCCCACAGGAUACUAUGGCCCUCUGGGUUGAUCCUAUAGACUCGACAUUUCAGUACAUAAAAGGAUACGCUAAUGAGAAGACAAAAGACGGAGUAUACUCCAAAGGCCUUCAGUGUGUGACCAUUCUAAUCGGAGUGUACGACAGAAGUUCUGGGCUGCCCAUAAUGGGUGUCAUCAACCAGCCAUUUGUAACUCGUGACCCACACAGUCUCAGGUGGAGUGGACGGUAUUUCUGGGGCCUUUCGUACAAUGACAUCAACAUAUGUUCACUACAAAACGAUGUAAACGCUGCAUUUCCAGCAGCGGAGGAUCUGUGCGAAGAAAGUUCAAGGCAGAAGGAGGAGAUGCAAGACGGAGACAAUAACUUAUCCGCGGUCAUUAGCACAAACGAAAGCGACACCAUCAAGUCAGCGUUGUCGGUGGUUCGAUUGUACUAUGCCGCCGGUGCUGGCUACAAGAGCCUCUGUGCUGUGCAAGGCUUUGUCAGUGUCUACCUCUUGUCUGAGGAUACCACCUUCAAAUGGGACUGCUGUGCGCCACAUGCCAUCCUGAAGUCCAUGGGAGGAGGCAUGGUAGACUUUCGAGAAUGCUUGAAAAGAAAAAGCAACGGUAAUGUGGACGAACUUCCUGAACUGAUCUAUAACACGCCAGUAAAUGGUGCAACAGGAGUGGACAGAUGGGCCAAUAAGGGAGGCUUGGUGGCUUACAGGUGUCGCAAGCAUUUGGACACCAUUAUGAACCUCUUUUCCGAUGUGAACCCCUGAUAGCAGUGACCAUUUGUAAAUGACAUUCCAUAUGAAGAAAGCAUAUCUUAAGUUGGUAAAAUGUACUUAAACUAUGGCUUAUGCAUCAAGUUUGGACUUGACACGACUCGGCAAUAAAACAAAAACCGAAGUAUCACGUUA